AUGCUGUGGCAGGUGUCUAACCUUUUGUUUUCAACGUUUUUGGGCCAGGCGCCCUUGAAAAGAGGCCAGCCAUUGACAAACGAAUCCAAAGACCCGAAUGGCAGCUUGAUAAACGGAUUGAACGCGAAAAAGGACGUCGUCCGAACAUUCGCAUUCUGGGAAUUGUGCUUGAUAAGCCAACAAUAUCCGGAGCGCCGCAAAGCAAUUUUUGCUGACAUCGAUCGCAACGGUGGUCCAGCAUGGACCCAAAUUUUCUCCGCUUCGACAAAUGUUAUCAAGGGAAUAACCGCGCGAAUAAAUGAACAUCGACACCCCACACCCCUGGUGGGUCCGAACUCUACAUUACCCAGAUCAGAUAGUAAUAGGAACAUCGAUGGACAACCGGCCAUUAUUCACACCCUGCCUCGCCUAACCUCCCCUCCACGAGAAGACAACAUCUUCCUUGCCUCAUCCAAGCCAGCGACCGGGUCCGAAAAAUUGGAGUCAGCCUUCAGCUCUGUAGCUAAAUCCUACGGCCAAUCUCCUGACUGGACACCAGCAGCCCGUGACCAAGCCCGCAACAUCUUCAACCGUGCCACCACGGCUGUCCUCAGCCCGGAACGGAAAAAGCGCAUAUCCUCCUCAGCCCAUGAGCUCAAGCUCCUCAGGGGGCCCCACUCCUCAUCUAGUUCAGAUAGACGCAGCACACACCCCCUAAUCCACAAAUUCCUCAGCUCUCUCGUAGGUUUACCAUUCCGCCAAUCCUACGCACGGCGACUCCGCAUCAUCAUCCUCGGCACUCCAUAUGCCAGUCUCUCCCCAAUUAUUGAUGCGGUAGAAUCUCUCACUCGCCUCCUCAUCGCGAGUCUAGCAGAGGACCAGUUUGGAAAAGUGCAGGCGGAUAUUGCCGCUGUCGUGCACCUGUUUACAGAGACUAUAAUAUCUCUCGAGUCCUUUACUAGCGCUGAUGAUGGCGGGUUGGAUAUCCAUUGGACAGACGUUGAUUUCCCUCCUACAAACGCCGGUGUGGAGAUACAGAAAAAGGCGCGGCGGGUGGAGGAGGUAGAGAUGAUCAAAGAGGCGUUAAGGAGUGGGUUGUCGGAGCUUUUGGAGACAUUUAAGUUAUAUUUGGAUGAUGUCGGGGUUCGAGGAAACGAUUUAAAGAUGGCGAGGGAGGCGGUGGGAUUGGUUUGA